AUGGCCGAGUCGUCAUUGCAGGAUCGCCUGCGCGGUCAUGCAAAGGCCUUUGAUGGUCUCUUGAGCUUGAUCCCAGCCAAGACGUAUUACGGAGAAGACAACAGCGACCAAUGGCAAAAGAAGAAGCAAACCAAGCAAGAGGCCGCCGCCGCCCGCAGAGGGAAACUGGAUCCGGACAGCGAGCUCAACCGCAACGCGAAGGAGGUCAUGGACGAGCGGGCCAAGAACAAGCGCAAGCUGCGCGAGAUGCAGCAGCAAGAUGAAGAUGACGGCGUCGGGCAAGACGCAAACGACGACGACGACGAUGACGACGAGCCCCAAGAGGCCAUUGAUGGGGUUGAGGCCGAAAAGCCCGGAGAGGGCCUGAGGAAAAAGGCGGUGAAGAAGCAGAAGCUCGAAGAGGACGAGGACAAAGGAGAAGUCAGCGCCAGCGAAGAAGCUCAACCGAAGCCGUCUAGAAAAGAAGAGAAGAGAGCUGCCAAGAGAGACAGGAAAAUCGAGAGGAAAGCAGACAAAAAGGCGAAACGGGAAGACGACUUGGCGUCGCCGGCGACUCCAGGCAAGGCUAUAACCACCAAAGAGCCGGCCAAGACGCCGGCUAGCGCCAAGAAAUCAACCGGAAAGAAGAGCAAUGCCCAGGCCACACUCGGAAAGGACCACCCAUCGCCGCAUCUCCACGACACGCCAGAGCGGGCCGUUGUGGGCGAGGGCUCGGCGAAUGCUGCCCCAACAUCCAACGGCACCCCAGCCGCGCAGGAUGGCGAAGGGGAAAGCUCAUCGUCCGAUGCCGAGUCGGACCGCCACUCUCCCACUUUCGACACGGACGAGCCAGCAGCAUCUACCCACGGUGCUGCCGCAGAAGCCGCAAGCGCCACUACAUCUGUUUCUUCCACCGCUCCCCCGUCGGAAAAGGCAAAGCAUAUCAAGAUUCCGGCCGAUACGACGGCUUUGCGGGCCCGGCUGGCCGCCAAGAUCGAGGCCCUCCGCGCGGCCCGGAAAGCCGACGGCCCUGAUGGCAAGCCCAUUCGCACCCGACAGGAGCUCAUCGAGGCGCGGCGCGCGAAGCAGGCGCAGCGCAAGACGCACAAAAAGGAGCUCAGGAGGCUGGCCAAGAUUGAGGAGUCGAGGAAAAGGGAAGAGGCGCUGGCCUCCAACUCGCCAGGAGUCAUGAGCCCCGCCGUCGAGCUGGACGAGUCGACGGGCAACUUUUCGUUUGGGCGGGUGGUGUUUGGAGACGGGUCGCAAAUGUCGCACGACCUCAGCUACGUCCGGCAACAGGGCAAGAAAAAGGGCCCGUCGGACCCUAAGACGGCGCUGCUCAAGGUGCAGAACCAGAAGAAGCGCCUCGAAGAGCUCGACGCCGACAAGCGGGCCGAGAUUGCCGACAAGGAGGCGUGGCUGACGGCGCGGCGCCGGCUCGAGGGCGACAAGAUCCGCGACGACGAGGCCAUGCUCAAGAAGUCGGUCAAGCGCAAGGAGGCGGCCAAGAAGAAGAGCGACAAGGCGUGGCGGGAACGCGCGCAGGGCGUCGAGCUGGCGCAGAAGGAGCGGCAGAAGAAGCGCGAGGACAACCUCCGCAAGCGCCGCGACGAGAAGCUCGCGGGUAAGGCGGGCAAGAAGAAGGGCGGGGCCAAGAAGAAGAAGGGCGGGCGGCCCGGGUUCGAAGGCAGCUUUGGCGUUGGCGGGCGCAAGAAGUGA